AUGGAGAAGUGGAGUUUGCAGGAAGACACCGCCUUGAUUACUCUUUAUCGUAUGUACGGCCCCCAGUGGGUAACGGUCUCGCGUAUCUUAGGUACAAAGUCUGCACAUCAGAUUUCACAUAGGUGGCAUAAUGCACUGCGCCCUGGAAUCAACAAAGGACCGUUCACUACCUUUGAACAUGAUGCAGUUACUCAGCUAUACCGUGUUCAUGGCUCCAGGUGGGCUAGGAUCUCUGCAAACCUCCCCGGUCGCACUCGAAACAUGGUAAAAGCCAGUCGAGAGGAGAUGCAAGCGGAAGAAGAAAGUAUUCGAGCGAAGAUGUCAAUAGCUCGUAUUCUAAACUGA